GGAGUGAACACCUGCGCUGGCGCUCCGGACUCUUCUCUAAUUCAGCGCCACUCUUCAGUUUUUUUCCCCCUCCUCCUCCUCCUUCUUCUUCGACAGCAGCCCGGUGGAAGAAACUUGGAGUUUUUGUGUCUGUGCUGCGCGGUACCGACCUGAUUCGUGAAGCUAAACAUGAAUCGACUGACGACGCUGUGCUUUUGGGCGCUGGUGCAGAUGAUUUUGUUUCCCACGCAAGCCAACGUAACAGGUUCUGAUGGCAUCUCUCAGUCAACUUCAACUGUUAGAGUCACUCCUGAAAAUUCAGCCCGGACGGAGACAUCCACAAUUGUGAGCUCAACACAUCCUGCCACAAUCCCAGCCUCCACUAGUCUUUCUAUUGCAAAAACAAGUCCAUUGUCCUCCAUGGAGACCACUAGCACUAAGGAACCAGCAGAGAACAAGACAACAGUAAGUGUGAACCCAUCAACGUCCACCAUGGAGACCACUAGCACUAAGGAACCUGCAGAGAACAAGACAACAGUAAGUGUGAACCCAUCAACGUCCACCAUGGAGACCACUAGCACUAAGGAACCUGCAGAGAACAAGACAACAGUAAGUGUGAACCCAUCAACGUCCACCAUGGAGACCACUAGCACUAAGGAACCUGCAGAGAACAAGACAACAGUAAGUGUGAACCCAUCAACGUCGACCAUGGAGACCACUAGUACUAAGGAACCUGCAGAGAACAAGACAACAGUAAGUGUGAACCCAUCAACGUCCACCAUGGAGACCACUAGCACUAAGGAACCUGCAGAGAACAAGACAACAGUAAGUGUGAACCCAUCAACGUCCACCAUGGAGACCACUAGUACUAAGGAACCUGCAGAGAACAAGACAACAGUAAGUGUGAACCCAUCAACGUCGACCAUGGAGACCACUAGUACUAAGGAACCUGCAGAGAACAAGACAACACCAAGUGUGAACCCAUCAAUGUCCACCAUGGAGACCACUAGCACUAAGGAACCUGCAGAGAACAAGACAACAGCAAGUGUGAACCCAUCAACGUCCACCAUGGAAACCACCAGCACUAAGGAACCUGCAGAGAACAAGACAACAGCAAGCGUGAACCCAUCAACGUCCAGCAUGGAGACCACCAGCACUAAGGAACCAGCAGAGAACAAGACAACAGCAAGUGCGAGCCCAUCAACAUCCACCAUGGAGACCAACAGCACUAAGGAACCAGCAGAGGACAGUUCUAGUACAAGUCCACCAACGUCCAAGGUUACAAACACACCAGCAGUGAACCAUUCGACUACAGUUGUGAGACCAACGACUUCAGCCAAAGAGAGCAGUGGAACCGUUACAAGUGCACCAACGCAAGCAGCCAACCAGUCCUCUUCCAGUCCAAUAUCUCCUAUGACGUCAACACCAGAGUCUACAAAGACCACUUUAACAACAUCCACGAGCUCCUCUGCCACCAAGUGCACCCCUGGCGCGUGUCUUUCUGGCAGCACCUGCAUUGAGCUCUUCAAUAACUUCACCUGCCGGUGUCCCCAAGGCCUUUACUACAACUCCACCUUUGGCUGCUUUCAAGUGAAGACCUUUCCUGGCACUCUGCACAUCAACAGAAGUUUCACCCCAGACAUGGCCAACAAUGCCAGUCAGAGUUUUCUGGAAACUUCAAGUGAAAUUGUGUCCGAGUUGAGGAAGAUACUUGAAGGGACAGGCGGCUACAUCAGUUCCAGUGUCCUUCAACUCCAGCCAGGGAGCAUCGUGGCAACAAUCGACAAUGUCUACCAAGUCACCUCCAACGUGAAUAGCACCUUCAUCGAAGGCAAGAUCUCCGAUUCCAUAAAGAACUGCACGUCGUGUGGCAUCCUGGACAGGGCGACCUUCUCGGCAAAACCUGCAUGUGCCGUGUCAAAUGGUGGCUGUGACUCGUCCUCAACUGUGUGUUCUGAAAAGGAUGGUGACGUCACCUGUGCCUGCAAAGAGGGCUUUUUGGCAACCGUGUACAGCACCAAGCAGUGUGUGGCUUGUGAAAGUGGGAUGAAGGCGGAGAACAGCGAGUGCGUCCCGUGCCCCUUUGGCUACAGAGGCUUCAACUGCAAUGAGUCUUAUCUUCUGGCAGUGGUGGUCAUCUCUUGUGUUCUCGGUGGCGUGCUGCUCCUCGUCCUGCUGGUGCUGCUCAUUUCCUGCUGUUGUAGGGCACGGACCAGCACUUGGUACAGCAGCCCGUACUCCACAGACGACUACAUGACGUGGCCCAAGCAGGAAGUGCCCAAGAUUCCCCGCGUGACGACUCAGUGGGACCACAACAACAUGGAGAUGGUGGAAAAUGGCAGCACUCGCAAUCUGGUGAGCAAAGACAAGGAGAACGGAGCGGCCAAGACCUACGACGUCAGCGUGGACGACCUGAAGACCUUCAAGAACAAGAACCCGUCGCGCUACUCGUACCUGUGCCAGGGCCAGGAGAACCCCUACUUCGUCUCUGAUGAGGAGAAGCAAAAGUCCAAGUGAAGAAGACCCCCCACCCCCCCCAGGGUGCUCAUAUUUUUGAUGCUUUUUUUUUUAAAAAAAAAAAAAAUAAGGAUUUUGUAAAUGAUUGGUGGGGGGAACAAAAAUGAAAAAUGCGUGCCGGGAUCGAUUGCCAAAAUUUCAAAUAAUUCGCUAAAGACGGGAGACGAAUUCUCAACGUCGACUGGACAAUCCAAGAUGAGGGAGGGGGGCUAGAGUGCUUUGUUAAAAUAUGCAUAUUUAUAUAUAUAUAUAUAUUUUUUUUUUUCUCUUUUUAUAAAUGUUAAAACUGAUGUUGCGUUAUCUUAAAAGGUUCCUCCUAUGAUUGAUUGGUUUUUUAAGAGACUGUUCAUCUCAUUCAAGUAUUUUUGUUUUUUAAAUUUAACAAUUUGACACCUUUGAGGGCUGAUGCAUCGGACAGAAUGUGCACUGAAGUUAUGGUGGGGGGGUUAAACCCGUAAAGGAUGCGCUCGUUGACGUCGGUUUUAAUGUUUCGAAGUGUCCAGAGGGCUGGCUCCCUUCUUUGACAGACGGCAGGGCAUGCGGGUUCUCGGGGGUGGGGGGGCUUUUUUUUUCGUUUUUUUUUUAGAUGGAUGCACAUUGUGAAGGCCUUAUGGACGCUACCUCCCAGAUUUGGAAAUUUGGGAGAUUUUGGUUUUUUUUUUGGAAGCGGAGCCCUUUGUGUUGUGCGUGACGGGACAGGAGCUUCCAUACAGUCCAUGGGGUGGUGGUGGGGGCCCUCUUUGUGUGGUUGUUUCUUAAUAAUAAUAAUAAUAGACUUUGGACUUCACUGAUGCGAGUGCCAAAAUUGUUUUCAAUAAAUGAUUGUGUGUGAACAAUAAACUGCCAUGUAAAAGAGCGGC